GUUUUUUUUUUUUUUUUUGGUCCAUCGUACGAGGACUUGCAUGCCAAGCCAAGGCUUCAUGAUCCGUUACCUUGCUUUAGAUAGGUAUCCUUUAGAGCCGAGCCCCUCCGUCGUCAGGUACUGACUACCUAAGGAAUUGGUUUGUAGUUGCGUAGAUUUUGAAUUAUUCACAUGUUUGUCUGAGGAGAGGUAUUCAAGCAAGGUACCUUAUAUUAGGUACCUAUUCAAGAGAAUAGGUACUUCAGAAACCAUGAACCUUAAGUUUGGUAAGCAUGCAUCUCCUUCGGACUGGCUCUGAAGUCCUAUGGAUGGACAAAGUAAGGCGGGCUUAGGCAAAAUAACUACCACCCCUGGUCAUCUAAGAGAUCAGCAAUUGCACCAUGGACUAGAUCCCCGCGCCGAGGGUAUGGGGAUCAAUUUUGCCGGCAUUCAACUUUGCGGGGAAUUCCCGCCAUAUGAAAGGACGUAUACGGGCACAAUGUGAGAAUUACUUCUUAACCGACUCUUAGAGCAUGUUGGUCAGACCUGGAAAAUAGCAAAGCUGGUGUAGGAUAGGCAAUAAAAGUGAAUAAUAAUGAUCAUAAUUCGUAACGCCAUCCGGGCUUGUUUGUCGGUGUUAGUGCUCAGCCCCAAGACACUAGCUGAACGAUGUGAGAGGUCUUGCUUAGAAGGAUUGAUCUCGGACUACCUCCAUGCGUUAGUAGCCCACGAUCCAUCGAGUUUGCCAACAACCCCAGACGUCAAAUAUGUCGAGAACGAGCAGAUAAUACCACUUGGCGCCGGAGAAUGGCAUAUCGUGGAGUCGCUAGGAAAGUACAACCACACGUUCUCGGAUCCUGAGGCAGGACAGGUCGCGACCAUUACCACGAUCACCGAGAAUGGCGUUGGUGCGAUUUACCUUGUUCGUCUCAAGGUGGAAGAUGACGGAAGGAUAAGCGAAAUUGAAUCACAAAUCACACGAGAUUCCGAUGGCGCAGCGCGCUACGAGGAGCGAGGCCAGCCAGAAGCCGUUUGGCUCGAGGUUGUUCCGCCUGAGGAACGGAUUCCUCGAGACAAGUUGAUCUCACAGACCAACAAAUAUUACACCGGCAUGCAGGGGAACGACCCCAAGGGCGACUACAGUUUCUUCGAUAAGGAAUGUAAUCGUCUGGAGGAUGGUCUUCAAACGACCAACGUCAAGACUGGUGACCCUUACGGUCAUUCGAACGAUACAGUGUUUGCUUCGCUGAGUUGCGAGGAGCAGUUCCAGACUGGAUUUCUUGGAUUUGUCACAAGGAUCCGAGAACGUCACUUCCCUGUAGUUGACGAGGAACGUCAGGCAGUGUUCGCUGUCACCACUCUGGAUCAUAACGGUACGGUGAAAUCGUUGCCUAGCGUGAAUGGCACAUCGUCACCAAUUCCGCGUUACUUCGAAACGCCUCGUUCGUUAAGAGCAAUGGAGGCAUUCCGUUUGCGCGGCGAGAAGCUUUAUCGCAUCGAGAUGACGCUGAUUGAAGUUCCCUACAACAUGCGAGCGGCAUUUCCCGAGGUUCCGCCUAUAGAUGUUAGCGGGCCCGGCACAAACUUCACCACGUACCCGAUUCCAUGCGAUCAAGUCUGCCUCGAGAAUGUUAUAGGAGAUGUCCUCAUGUCGAUCAGGAUUCACGACCAUACGCGUUUACCCUUGGCGAAGGGAAUACGCUACUCCGAGAAUGGCCAAUUCGUAGCUCUCGGAGACGGCUUGUGGGAGACCUUGGAAGCAAUCUCAUGGACGGACAAGUAUGGAGCAGUGUUAUCUGAUUCCAAAAGCGGAACGGCUGGCUACUGGGGAUUCAGUACGGAACAUAAUAUACCAGGCGUGCUUUCUCUACGGAUAAAGGUUGAUAACGGCCAAAUAACGGAACUCGAAGCCCACGUAGUACGUGGAGAGAGUGCCGACAGUCGUGGAGGGACGGUAACGCUUAUGCGCCCGCCGCUUCCAAUCGAGUGGGAGGGCAACACCACGAAUCUCCUCAAUCCCAUAUUUCAGGAAUAUAGUGCAAAUGGUGAGAUUUCUCCGGAAUUAUUGAAUUCAUAUUUUGAUGGCCUAGAAAAGCAUUCGAGCGAGGGUGUUCCAUUUGCUGAAGGAUGCAUAAGGCGCGACAACUUUGGCCAAGGGAAUCUGACUUGUGCUGAUCAGUUGGAGGGGAAAGGAUCAACUCCAAACGGACUCUCUAACACUACAACAACAGUGCGUGAUGGGCGAAUACUUGUUGCAGAUAGCAAGAGAGGAGUCGCGUUGGCCGUAGCUCUGGUCGAUGAACCUGCCAACGGUCCUGGUCCACUGUUGCCAGCAAGUCGCGUUCCGGGAACUUACAUGAUUCCGCAGUUAAUCAAGGUUGACAACGGGUUGAUUUCUCAUAUUGAAAGCGUUAUCAAAUGGGUUCCGUUCGGAUAUACGUCUGGAUGGGGAGAGAGGAGGGCGAGAAAGGAAAUGGUGAUUUAGAGUUGUUGUUUUCGUGUACAUGUUUAGAGGUGAAAAAGUUGAGAGAAUGUAGGUCCAUACCUGGUAUGAGCUUGCCUAAGAUAAUACUAGGUACCUGUAACACAAAUGGCCCUUAUGGAGGCCCCGCACCCCGCACCACCUGGCCAUUACAUGGAAGCUACAGCGACGGACUGAUAGAGGGGCCAUCCUUGCAACUUUUCAGGCUGGGACAGCCCUAAACAUUCUUCGCUGUACAUUAGGUACCUAACCUAAGUACAAUACAUCUUCAGACCUUUAAACCUCCUCAGACCAGUCACCAAUAACAACAUUAGGUUAUAGGUUAGGUACCUCACAUACGUACUACUACUUAUUUAGAGAACUUUGCAAACAACUUCUUCGAUAUCCCGAGACUUCAAGGUCUCAACUCAAGCUCAGCAUGCAGUCCGGAAUAUCUGGUA